GAUAAUAAUCCCUGCAGUCACCUUCACUGAUCUGUCUUAUUUAAAUGAGCAGGUGUUUCUUCACCACAUCCUGGACGAGCUCGUGCUGCUGCUGCACGGAAGAUCUGAUUCAUGAAGAGUUUAAUCUGAUCUGAUCGCGUGCAUUUCACACAUGCACGGGCAGUUUGCCUGUCUAUGAUCAGCAUGUCAAGACAGGGAUUGUUUUACAGCUUUCACUGGACCUCAAAGAGCAAAGGACAGUUUCACAAGAUUAUGCGCGCGUGACGCUUAUCUUAAUUCGCUUUGAAAGUGAAUUAGUCGAGCUCGUGUGUAUUGUCGGAGGGAGGCGGGUCUUCACGGACUGAUCACCGAUCAGCUGGGGCGGGAUCGUCUCUGUCUGCACGCUCGGAUCAUAUUCAGCUUUAUUCCAGUCCAUGCCGAACGAUGUUUAGGAGCGUUUCUGGAGCGUCUUUGUUGCUGCAGCGUCUGAACGUGCAACUUGACGCGUCCUGCCCAUUGCGUAAUUACCGCGCGAUGCGCUGCUGUCGGGUUUACCGGAGGUUAAGCGCAUGCAAAGCCGCUGUUUUAUUCCGUCCCUGUUUGUUCGGACUCGAGCACGAGAUUCCGUCCGGAUCAUCGUCGGUUCAUGUCGUUGCGCGCGCGCGAAUGGCGGCGUUUGCUUUGAACGCGCCGCGAGAACACAGAGACUCGACGAACGAACUCGAAUCGUUUCUAUCGGUUCGUUCUCCAGCUGCUGUCAUGAUACAGACGAGACGAUCGUCCACGACGCCAGAGAAAACGCGAGAUGAACGCGCCGCUCAUGUGCAAUCGAAAAUCUUCCUCGAAGUUGCUACAGACUCUCUGUUCUGUCUGUGUUUCUCUGUUCGUGUGUCAUGGAGCAUCAUAGAUUACCAUCAUGGUAUUAUCCUGCUGCAUGUAUCUGUCAGGUGGAUCAGUCCGUCAUCAGGUUCCACUAGUUCUGCAUAAGCAGCUGAUGAAGUUUGUCAUCUUUCACUUUCACUGGAAUGUCAAACUAGAAUGAAGAUCAUCCAGAUGACGCUGCUGUUUCUCUCUCUGUGGCAGCAGCACUCGUCUCAGGCUGAUCCCACAGGCCUCGACUGUUAUUUGUUCCCAGGAUUUGCUGGGAUCAGUGGGGCGUCUGGCCAGGAUCACGUGUCGUCUGUGUCCAGCGCUGAAGGUCAAGGGUCAGACGGGAAGCCCAGUAAGACGCAGCAGCUCAGGAAGGUGUUUAAGGAAUACGGUGCCGUCGGCGUCUCGUUCCACAUUGGAAUCUCCCUCAUAUCUCUGGGGAUAUUCUACCUCGCUGUGUCCAGCGGGUUGGACAUGACGGCUCUGUUGUGCAGACUGGGCUUCAGCGAGGCUCUGGUUCAGUCGAAGUUAGCCACCGGCACGAGCACGUUUGUUCUGGCGUACGCCGUGCACAAGCUCUUCGCCCCGCUGCGCAUCAGCAUCACGCUGGUGUCGGUGCCGCUCAUCGUGCGACACCUCAGGAAGACGGGACUCUUCAAAGCCAGAACAUCCGGCCCGUGAGCCUCAGCUCCAGAACUCACCACACAUUCAUAAGCUUCUCUAGAUGUCUUAAUAGAGCAUUUAGUUGAUAGUGAACUCACUACAGUAACUUAUUCCCCUCUGACAAAUGCAUCAGUGCAUUUAUUGAGCGUGCAGUACCUCAUUUGGACGGGUGAUGGUGACGUCAGAUUCUGCUUUGCUGUGUGUACAUUUACAUACAUAUGUACAUGCAUGUUUACACGACCAACUCUUACACUGAAAAACAUCCCGUCUUUCCUCAUAUUUCUGUUGUUUUCCAGCUCAAAUAUUGAAAUAUUCUUAAAUCACGAUACAUUUACUGGAGAAGCAGAAUGAAACGUUUGUUUUCCCUGAAAAAUUGAUCAAAAUGAAGUGAGAUUGUGUUUAAAACAAGAACAAAUAUCUGUCAAAAUAAAGUUAAUUCAAAGGGAACAUCUCUUUUUAAGCACAAACUCAUUUGAAGACUCAAUAUCUUCAAUCAUUUCUCUUCUCCAGUAAAUGUUUCUUGAUUUAAGAACGUUCAGAUAUUUGUGCUGGAAAACGAGACAGAAACACUGAGGAAGAGCAUGAUGUUUUUCAGUGAAUCAUGAUGAACUUCGAGUGCCUCGUUUGGACGAUCAGGUCUUUAUGAAUGUUCUUUAGUUUUAAGCUCUGCAAUCCUUAAAUGAAGUGUUAAUUUUAUCAACUGUGAUUUUUGUAAAUUAAGCUGUUAACGAAGACAGUUGCUUUGAUUUAGUUCACACUAAUACUGCCUCAAUCAAAUGGGCUUUUGAGGAUUUUUCAGGACAUUUUUGUGACUGUUAAUUAUAUUGAAAGAUUGAUUGUGUAAUAUUGUAUAGACAAUGUUAUAUUUGACUACAUAUAAUUAUAAAAUAAAAUAUUUGCCCAAUAA